GUUUGAAUUAAGUAGAUCAGGUUGCCUGUCCAUUGAACACACUUUGAGGUCAAUCAUGGGUAGAAGAUCGUCAGGUUCAAGUAGCAGUGAAAGCUUUUCUGACAGUCAGUCACCCUCACCAGAACGUAAUGGUAAACAUGGCAACAGAUUGCCGAAAAGAUAUCGCAGAGAUUAUUCCAGAUCACGGUCGCCCCAAAGACAAAAAUAUAAAUCACCAUCGCCACGUUAUAAGAGAGAUCGACCUUCACCCAAACGAAGAUCAAGGUCACCAGCACAUUACAGGUCAAGGCCGUCUCAUCAAAGGUCAAGGUCUCCUCAAGAAAGAAGAUCAAGGUCUCCAGUAGAGUACAGGUCAUCUCAUCGAAGGUCAAGAUCUCCACCAUACAAGAAAGAAAGAUACAGAGAUCAAAGGUCAAGAUCUCCGCAAGAUAGAAGGUCAAGGUCGCCAAGAGAACCGAGUCAUUCUAAUUAUGUAUCAAGGUCUAACCAUCAUCAUUCGGCAGCGAGAGAAAAUGGCCACCAUCAGAAUCACAGUCAUCACCAUAGAGGGCAUCACCAUCAUCACCAUAGAGAUAGUCCAGAUAUCAUGGAAAUGAGAAGAAUUGAGAGAGAAAGGGUGGGAGCUCUGGGUGUACCAGAAGUUUGGGGUGCCUCACCCUCACAUCCCCAGGGGGACGAUUCAGAGUCAGAAAACGAGAAAAAGGGCAAAGAAAGUGAAUCAGAUUCUGAUGAUAGCAGCUCGGAGGAUGAUAAAAAGAAAAAAAAGAAAAAGAAAUCAAGUAAAAAACAUAAAAAGGAAAAG